AUUUGCCCUUCUUAUCCCAAUCACACCUCUUAUUCUGAUAUAUUACCGAUUCCCAUCAAAGAGCCAUUGUAUAUAGCAAUCAUGGUGGUCCGACGGUCCGCCCGUCUGCGCAAUCGCGAGGCAUCCGUGUCCGAGGAACCACAGCUACCAGCUGGCCCCGCUGAGAGCAGUCACGUCAACAAGGAUCACGUCAACAAUCGGCAUGACGACCAACCCAGUGAAAAGCCAAACAUUAGACGAAAGACGAGAUCCAGGAAACCGACCCAACCCACCCAGGAACUAAACAACCUGCCUCCUGUUGCCGAACGCGAGGAGACUGCUACUGUCACCCCUUCUGAACCCGAACCUGAACCCGAAGUCAACAACACUCCUGUUGAAGCAAAGAAGUCUGCCUUCGCCAGCGAACAAUCUCAACCUCUGCCUGCUCCUGCGACAGCCGAGACCUCCGAAACUGCAUCCAAGGAAUCUGAACCCGAAUCUACGCGUGCCGCGGCCGAAAGGGCGGAGCGGACGAAAAAACGAUCGAUUAGCGCCGCGUUUGACAAGGCGGAGUCGACUUUCAAGAAGAUGAAGAGCGCCGCGUUCUCCAAGAGCGGAGAGACUCCCAAGAAAACUGCGGGUGACGCGUCCGACAAGACUGAAGCGACGCCCAAGAAAACUCCAAAUGGCGCGUCCGCUCGAGUUGAAGCCACUCCCAAGAGAGUUGCGCAGUUGACUUCGCCGCUCAAGGGCACUCCUAGCAGGAUCCCUAGCGUCUCUACUCCGCUCAGAGCCACACCUGCGGCGACGAAAGCCCCCGGUGCAAAGACCCCCUCUACUGUCAUGGCGCGUCCAUCUCACCAGGAAAUGCACCCCAGCAAGGUUCACCAGAGCACCACCAAGCAGCCUGACUCCGGCUUGGUCUUGGGUUUCAACCCCAUCAAGAAAGACGCGGAAGGCAAUGUAGUCAAGGAUGCUACGAUCGAGAACACUCCGACCAAAACUAGAGACUCCCCCGCGUCGGCAUACUACGGCACUCCCGCGUUCGAUUUCAAGUUCACCAACCAGGAUUCCCAGCUCAGCGACGAGGCCAAGAAGCUCAUGGAGACUGUGCGCCAGGACGCCGCCAAGAUCAAGGCCCAGAUGAUCCAGGGUCGCGCGAAUGGUGUCUCACAGGACCAACCCGAGCAGAUCGAGAGAAAGAUUGUGCAGCCCAAGGGGAAGACCGACCGAUUCACCGACGCCCAUCUGGCCGAAUUCAGGAAGAUGGACUCUAUUGCCAGCCAUGCCUCAGUCCUCCGUGCCGUUCCGGGUCGUUACCAGCCGGCUAUGAAGAAUUCCCUCAAGAGAACAAACUCGAAGGCGCGGCUGGACGAGACACACAGCAAAUCGCCGUCUCCCUCCAAGACAUCCGUUGCACGACCCUCUCCUGCUCCGGUACUCGCUUCUGCGAAACGCGUCAAGCACACUCCGGCCGACGAUGUCUCCACUAGCCGUCUCCCUACAUUGAACAGUCCUAAGCCAGCACUGCCUCGCCCCAAACACUCUUUCCGCAAGUCGUUGAUGACCCCGACUCGGGCCUCGGCGGCGCGUGCAUCGACUGUGAGGCCUGCUCGUACUUCAAUGAUUCCUUCAUUGGUUCGGUCCCCAGCUCCUACACAGCCCGAAGUUCCACGCACGCCUCAGACUGAUUUCAACCCCCGGUUGAAGAGCAACUUGCCCACCCUUGGACACCUCAAGUCGAUCCUCCGUCAACCCCACCAGCUUUUCUCCAAGGAUCCUCUCAAGAUUGCUGCAGGCACCCAUGUGGCAGCUCCCCACUUCGGUUCAAACAUGCUAUUCGGCUCCUCCUGGGAUGCCACCGAAGAACACUCGCACACUCCUUCCCCCAAGAAGCGCGUCGAAUUCACUCCUUGUGUCAAGGAUCGGAACGAGGAAACCGUUCUCUCGCCUUCUCCGUCUAAGCUUCCGACUGCAAAUGCUUCUCGAGUCGUUUCCGACAUUGUUUAUCCCACCCUACCUACUUUGACUCCGGAGCAAAACCGCAGCCCCAGCAAGAGUGGCACCUCUCCCAGGACUAGCCAGACCACCACACCUACGAUCCGCCAAGUCCGUCCUUCCGACGCUACUCCCCUGCCAGAGAUCGCCGGCGUGCCCCACGGUAUUGGCCAUAAGAAACGCAACCGUCCGACUGUCGAGGAGGAGAAGACCGACGCCGAUUCCUUGCCCGAGAUCGCCGGCGUGCCUCACGGUAUUGGCCACAAGAAGCGCAACCGCACGGCUGUUGAGGCGGAGGAAACCAAUGCCGAAAACGUGCCGCCAGCUGAUAAUGCGGGUGCUGACGCGCGUAGCGCCAAGCGCAUGAAGAUGAGCUCGCCUUCGCCGUUCAAGAAAACCGGCCGUCCUUCCACUCUAUUCGCCAAGGCCUCAGGCACACCCAGUGCUUCCAAGACCAUAUUCUCGAGUGCGGCGCCCACUCCGACUCCCACCAAGCCCCGGUCCCACACUCCUCUCCGCUCUGCAACCAGACCCUCCGCCGGACGUCCCAGCCCCACCAGCACCACUCCGGGCAGUGCUCGUCCCCGCAGCCGAGGCGUGCUGACCAUGAGUCGUCUGCAUUUGCUUUCCCAGCCCAAGGGCCGUUCAUAAAUUUGCUUCGAGCAUUGCAUUACGUCGUGCAACACACAUCUGCAUGACUAAAUUUACGAUUGUCUAUUACAUCACUUGCACAGAUUGUUAACUCGCAGAAUCUGAGUCUGAGGAAUCCUUUAUCGGCUGGCUGGCUGGCUGGCUGGCUAGCUGCAAGAUCAGGGGAGUUUCUGGUAGGCUUUAUCUCGUUCUGGUGGCAGUCCAGGGACUCUCGCUGCAUCUUGUCCAACUUCGGCUUUCUGUUCCUUGGGUGUUGUGUUUGUUCUCUAUGAAUUGAUUUGAAAUUGUGUCAACAUGACCUGGAUUGGCGCUUUGGGUUUGAAUGAGAUGCAUCAGGCAUGCUGUGCUUCUGGCGUGGGUGUAUGGUGAUUAUUUCUGUUUUUCUCAAUCAAUGUCCUCCGGAUGGUUAGGUUCUUUUUGUUCUUGUUUGAGUCAAUCGACCAUGUUAAUAAAUGCAAUUUGCGGAUACGUCAAUGAACAUGGG